AUGUCCGCCAACCCGCUGCUUCAGCAGAGCAGUCUGCCGUACCAAUACCCACCCUUUGACAGGGUGAAGGUGGAGCACUACGCGCCCGCCUUCGAGCAGGGCAUGGCGGAGCAGAUGGCGGAGAUCGAGGCGAUCAAGGCCAACCCCGACACGCCCACCUUCGAGAACACCGUUGUGGCACUCGAGAAGAGCGGGGCGCUGCUUACGCGCGCACACAUGCUCUUUCGAAACCUCUGCGCUGCACACGUGAACCCAGAGAUGCAAAAGCUCGAGCAGGCCUACGCACCAAAGUUCUCCGCCCACACGGACAGGGUCUACCUUGACAGCGCCUUGUACAGCCGCAUCAGGGCCGUGUACGACGAGCGUGCCUGCCUUGCUGGCGAGGACUUGCGCCUCGUGGAGCACCACGAAAAGGAGUUCCGAAAGGCUGGCGCCGGCCUUGACGACGCGGUCAAGGAGGAGCUGAAGCAGGUGAAUGAGCGCCUUGCCACUCUCGAGAGUGACUUCGCCAAGAGGCUCAUGGACACACGCAGGACCGCGUCGCUGAUCGUGGCUGACGCUGCUGAGCUGGAGGGCCUCAGCGAGGACGAGAUCGCGACGGCACAGAAAGAGGCGGAGAGCCUCGGCCACCCCGGCAAGCAUGCGUUGGUCAUUGUGAACACGACGCAGCAGCCGCUGCUCGCUUCACUGAGGAACCGCGAGACGCGCCGCCGCCUGCUCGAGGCGAGCGAGCAGCGCGCCGGACGUGGCGACGAGAAUGACACAACCGCCAUCACGGUCGAGAUUGCGCAGCUGCGCCUCAGGAAGGCGAAGCUGCUUGGCAAGAAGAGCUUUGCGGAGUGGCAGCUCCAGAACCAGAUGGCCGAUCCGGCGUCUGCGGAGGCGUUGCUGCGCGACAUGGGCAAAGCGGCAGCGUCAAAGGCGACGAAGGAGGCCGCUGACAUCCAGCAGAUGAUUCGCGAGGAGGGUGGUGACUUCGAGCUGGCGCCAUGGGACUGGCGCUACUACGCGGAGCGGGUGCGCAGGCAGCUGUACGAUCUCGACGAGAACGAGACGAAGCCGUACUUUGAGCUGAACAACGUCCUUGAGCGCGGCGUGUUCUACGCGGCGGAGAAGCUCUACGGCGUGACGAUGCAGCGGCGCACCGAUCUGCCGGUGUACCACCCCGAUGUGAUGACGUUCGAGAUGUUCGACUACACGGGCGAGUCGCUCGCCAUUUUUGGCCUCGACCCCUACGCGCGUGCAAGCAAGCGCGGUGGUGCGUGGAUGACAUUCUUUGUUCGCCAGGCCUCCCUGCUUGGCCAAAAGCCAGUCGUGUACAACGUGCUGAACAUUGUGAAGCCGGCGGAGGGAAGGCCGGCCUUGUUGACCCGUGACAACGUGACGACGCUCUUCCACGAGUUCGGCCACGGACUCCACGGCAUGCUAAGCAACCUCAAGUACUCAACACUCUCCGGCACGAGCGUCGCCCGUGACUUCCUCGAGUUCCCAUCGCAGAUCAACGAGCACUGGGCGAUGUACGAUGCCGUGCUGAAGAACUACGCGCUUCACUACGAGACUAAGGAGCCGAUCCCGCAGUCGCUGGUGGAUCGCAUGAAGGCGGCCGAGACGUACGGUGCCGGCUUCCAUACCAUCGAGGUGGUCAAGGCGGCGUACCUCGAUCUCCACUGGCAUCGAGUCACGGAGGAGGCGGCUGUGCUGCCACCGGCACAGAUGGAGGAGGCGGCAAUGAGAGCCUUUGGAGUUGGGAUGACCGAGGUGCCGCCGCGCUACCACAGUGGGUACUUCCUGCACAUUUUCGCUGGCGGGUACGCCUCGAACUACUACGUGUACCAGUGGGCGCGGGUGUUGGACUGCGACGGGUUCGAGUGGUUCCUGGAGAGCGGUGGGCUGACGCGCGAGAACGGAGAUCACCUGCGCGCGUGCGUGCUCUCUGUGGGCAACUCGGUGGACGCCAACGUUGCGUACGAGAAGUUCGCUGGCCGCAAGGCCAACAUGAAGGCGUUCCUGCGCAUCAACGGUCUGCUGGGCGAGUAG